AUGGGAAGUUCUCAAGCAAAAGAGAAGAAGGGCCGCAUCAGCCCUAGUGAAAGGGUUGUAGAAGUUCUGAAGAACAAGGUGAGGGCUUUACAAGGCCAAGUGGACGAGAUCUUGCGCAUUCGAGAGGCCGAGAGCGAAGCCUACGAGCGCGAGCUCAUGGUUUUCGCUCUCAAGCAAGCCGAGUGGAAGAGAGAGAAGCAGAGGCUCUACCACACACUCGUCUCCAAACACAACCAACAACAACAACAUUCAGAGCCCGGGACGACGAAUGAGGCUAAUCAUGUCGAGAAUAAGUGGAAACAACUCUAUUUUGCUAUCAAGGAUGAGCUUGAUCACCUCAUUCACCGCACACAUCAAGAAGAAAAGCUGUGGUGGAAAACAGAGAAGGAAGAGCUUCUAGUGGAGCUGAAGAAUGAAGUGCAGGCCAGGGGACAAGUGAUUCAAAAUCUGCAAGCAAAGGUAGUCAAAAUGGAACUACAAGAGUCAAAGAGGGAGAGAGAGAUCGACAUAUUGAAGCAAAGCUUGAGGAUUUUGAGCCAUGCCAAGCGAGCGCCAACGAAGCUCGGAAAAAAGUCGAUCAAGGACUUUUGA